AUGAUUUCUCGUAUUCAACCGCGAAAUUUUUUGAGAUCGAAUGGAAUACAAAAGUCUUUUUCUACUUCGUCGGUCAGAAGUUCAGAACCUAAGCUCAGUCAGCAAGAGUUACCUGCAAAAUUACAAAUUCAAGAAGUUUUUCCCGCAGGCGUUGCAGUUGAAAAAGUUUCGUUAUCUAGAGGAUUAUCAAUGAAUAAAUUCGAAAAAGAUUUUCUAAUAUAUCCCGAAUACAAUGAUACAGAUGAUUUGAAGAAUAUAGAAGGAUUUACUGACGUUUUAAGGCAAACGUUAGAAGUUGCAACUAAAGCUGGGGAUGUUGAGAAGGCUGGAUGUUUAACAGAUGACAUCAAAUAUGCUUUGGAAAAAAAUCAAAUUUGUUCGACGUUCGUUCCUUCUGAUUAUGAAGGACUUGGGAUGUGUCGCAAAGAUUUAGCUCAUAUUUUUCAGGAACUCAGCAUAGAUUGGAAUAUAUUUGCUAAUGUCAGCACUGUGUAUAUUGCUUCUCAAUUACUGAUUCUGUACGGCAAUGAAGAACAGAAAACAAAAUAUUUACCUCUUAUAGCCAACGGUAAAUGUAGACCAGCAAUAACUCUGGCGAACUUGAAGGGAAACCAGGAAAUGCUGGGAGAAUGUGUUAGUAGUACGGGAUCUUCAAUGUUAUUGUCCGUCAAGGAUGUGCCUAUGUUAGCGUCAGAAAAUGCCAAUUUACUCUUCGUUUUUGCCAAAAACAAGAAUCAUUUAACGAAAUCGAAUGGUAUAAGUUGUAUCCUAGUAGAUACUAACAAUAUAUCCUCCACUGGAAAGCUCAGUUUCAAAAGAGAGGAUAGCACAGGGUUGAAAGGAACUAAUGUAGCUAUGGUGAGUCUAGAAUCGACCAUAGACAGUUCGUUAGUCUUAGGAGAUGGAGAUCAGGGACUUGAGAUAAUAAAAGAGUUGACUUGUAGUGGUCGUUUCCCUCUCGCCGCUGCAACCAUCGGGCAUGCCCGGAGAUUACUAACAAAGCUUUCUGUUAUUGCUAAUCGGACACCAAGUAGUAGAGAUGAUAAUAGUUUUGUUGCCUCUGACUCAGGAGCUCAAUACGUCGCGACCACUUUGGCAUUGAACUUGUAUUCGUUGGAAUCAUCCUUGUUUUAUCUCGUAGGACUACUUGAUGAAGGAAUUCCAAUGGUUGCAGAUGUGGAAAACGCUCUCAUUUUCAAACUAACCCGAGAUGUGUUGAGAAAUUGUGUGUUAGCAACAAUAGAGCUUGGAGGGAUCAGAGCAUCUAGUACUAAAGAACAGUUUGAGAAAGACAUCAGAGAUAUUUCGACAAUACUAUCAUUAAAUGGUGAGGGGGAUAUCGUAGAAUCGACUGCAAUUGCAACUUUGUCCACUUGGACAACCACAAGCCAUAAACGCAUUACAAGCACUUUGAGACGAUUAUUGAGUAAUGAGAAAACUAACGCCGAUUUGAAAAACCCUAAAUUAUCUCAUUAUAUAGCAGAACACGCUCAUCCUUCUCUACAGUUGGCCUGUCAGGAGCUGGAGUUCUCUAUGUCUCGUCUGAACACAGUGAUCUCGAAAAUGGUGUCUGAACAAGGGAAAAAUUUAGAACAAGAUUACGGAAGUCUAGAAGGGAUGGUCAAUGUUCUGAAGAAUCAAAUGGUAAUGGUAGCUGUGAUUUCCCGAGCUUCAAGAUCUUAUGCUAUUGGGCUUCGCAAUGCUGACAUUGAACUAGCUUGGGCAACAACCAUUUGUACAAGAUUAUCGAGAUCUAAUUGGUUUGAACUUGAGGCAAUGUCAGAUUAUUUUGGUCUUGUUCGGUUCAACCCUUCUUUAUUGAACGCUGGUCGCGCCAUUUUUGAUCUAGGAGGAUACAAAAUAGAGUCACCAACACAGAGAAAUUGGUAG